GACAUGCUAAAGUCUUCUCGGCCGAUGAGAUGGGGCGAUUUUUCGCUCUCGCUGUUCCCCAUGGGGCUCCAUCCAUCAGAAAAUGUUCAACGUCUCUGGGGAUAAUUCUCCAAGUCUAAUACUCAUGAAUUAACAUAUAAUCCUGAGGGCAUUCCCUCUGAAUAACCAGCAGAUCAUCACCACACUCUCAAUCAUCUCAGUCACCCUCUACACAUUCUCACAAUGACUACCAAGGUUGAAGCCAUCGCGACAGUGUCUGACCAUGUCGAAAAGGCACCAGCCACAGACUCAGUCGCCAUCCAAAAGGCCAUUGACGCUCAAGACCUCACACCCAAGCAACAAUACCAGCGUCUCUGGUCAAACCUCAAGAAAGACAAGCGCUUCGUCCUAUGGUCCAUCUACAUCAUGUCCCUGGUCUUUGGCUGGGGUUAUGAUUCUGGUCUUUCAGGUGUAGCUAUUGCUUUCCCCGAGUUCCGCAAGGUUUACGGCGAGUACUACCAAGUCGGAGAUCAAUAUGUCAUUCCGGCGCUUUGGCAGUCUCUUUGGAACGCUGCUAGCACUAUUGGUCAGAUCUUUGGUGCCUUUCUGGCUGGUCAGUUUGCGGACUGGGUUGGUCGCAAGGCUGUUCUAUGGACGGCUGUCGCUCUAUCUAUUUCAUCUUCUUUCGCACUGGUCUUUGCUCCCAGUCUUCCCAUUCUAUUCGUCUCCAAGCUUCUUCUUGGUCUUUCCGUCGGUCUCUCAACCGUCACGCCUCCUCUGUACGUCACAGAGAAUGCACCCGCCGCUCUUCGAAGCUCUCUCAGCUCCCUCACCAACGUCAUCAUCGUCCUGGGUUUCUUCCUUUCCUCCAUCACUGGCUGGGGCUCUUCCAAGAUCAAGGGCGAAUGGAGCUUCCGACUUGCCUUUGUCAUGACAUUCCUUGUCCCUACUCUCUUCGCCAUCGGUCUUCCUUUCCUGCCAGAGUCACCUGUUUGGUAUGUCAAGAAGGGACGAGACGACGAUGCCCGAAAGGCUAUCUUCAAGCUUUACGGUACAUCUAUUGAUGUUGAGGAGAGACUUGAGUUCAUCAAGUCUGAGCUUGAGGUCACUGCUGGUGAAGCCAAUAUGGCUAAGCAGACUAGCUGGAAGGCUAUCUUCUCAAAGGAGCACCGAAGCAGAACUCUUAUUGCUGUCAUGGGACUCCAGUCUCAGAACUUCUCUGGUGGAUACUUUGCGAACACAUACCAAACCUACUACUUUGAACUCAUCGGACAAUCCGACCCCUUCGGCCUCACUGCUAUCUCCUCAACCCUCCAAUUCCUCUCCAACUGCGUUGCCGUCUGCGUCUCCGAUGUCCUCCCCCGUCGAAAGUCCCUCAUCGGAGGCGGUACACUUCUCUGCUGCUGGUCCAUCAUCAUCGCCGGAACUUCCCUCGCAGGCACCGCCAACCGAGCCGCCAACACCGCUCUUCUUACCUUUAUGAUCACCUGGUCGAUGCUUUAUACCGCGACAGUUGGAUGCUUCGGAUGGGCUGUCGCUCAGGAAACGGCUGCUCAGGCUACACGUCCCAAGACUAUUGCUUUCAGUCUUGUUUGCCAGCAACUUACCGCGCUUAUGCUAUCUUCCGUCUUUCCCUUCUUCAUCAACCCUGAUCAGCUCAACUGGGGCGGAAAGGUCAUGUUCUUGUUUGUUGGCGCUGAGGUCUUCAUUCUGGCUACACUCUUUUGGUUCCAGCCUGAGACGAAGAACAGAACUUAUCAUGAUAUCGAUUGCCUGUAUGCUGAGGGUGUUCCUCCCAGAAAGUUCUCCGAGUUUGUUGUCAACGAUGGAGCUGUUGUCCGAAAGCCCAGUGUGGAGAAGGAGUGAUUAGGCUAGCAGGUGUUGAGAAUGUGAUGGGGGCGAUGCUCUCAAAUAUCGUGGAUGGGCGUCGCUGGGAUUGGAGUUUGCAAUUUGGUCGUCUUAUAUGGAAUGGAGAAAAUGAAAAACUUUAUAGUGUUUGAACAUGAU